AUGAUGACCUGGCUCUGCUCCGAGCUUCCUCGCGGCAAUGUGUCUGUCGACUCCCAAUCUUCUCAUAUUGAUACGGCUCCAGUCUCCCAUACCAAGGCUGUACGUCUCAUCAACUAUGCGUCGCGCCUUAGGGUGAAAGCCGGCGCCACGGCCCACUGCCCAAGGCUCGUUCUUGGCACCCUGUUCAAGCCAAUGAACGCUAUCAUGUCUGCGUCGUCCGAGCACACCUCUUUACAGGGUCAGCGUCGUUUCGUUAUCAAGACUCUGUUCAAUCCUUCGAAUGUUACAAACUUCGCUGAACCUGCUUCCACUCCAGAACCUCUCAAUCAUCCUUCUCGCUUCUAUCUGUCACCUCGACCUGGACGUCGGCAAGCCGACGAUGCAUCAUUCAAGGUAUUUACUCUUCUGUUGGGUGCAUGGCUAGGCGUACCCCAACGGGCUGUGUCAUUGCCAAGUAUGCCUCCCUCUGCCGAGUUGCCGAUGCUAGACGACACUUUUGGUGCAAUGCUCGUGGGGACUUUUGUAGGACUCAUAUUAUACGGAAUGGUGAUACUACAAUCUUUCCGAUAUUUGAGGAUGUAUCCUGAAGACGGUCCUUGGCAGAAGGGCUGGGUCCUUGCUAUUUUCCUUCUUGAGACGUUUCACAUGGUCCUUUGCACGCACAUCUGCUACCACUAUGUCAUCACGAGUUACCGAACCCCUGGUAUCUUACUGACAUUCAAUUGUUGCUACCAAUCCUCACGGGUGCUAUUGUCGCUAUAUGUCAGAGAAUCGUUCACAAUGGAAGCUGUCAGCUUCUUUGCAUGGCGAAUUUUCCUCCGAUUUUUCACAGCCGCGACCGUCGAUAUGUGCGUCUCGACAUGCAUCACUUGGGCAGCCAUUGUCGCAGUUGGAGAGGUUCAUCGUACGUACCCUCCGGAAUCGAUCUCCUCGCGGAGUAUCGCAGAGAUAGGGCCGACCAUCUUGCGCCUCCAGUGGUUGAUCUCGGUAGCAACUGGGAUAGUUAUCAUCUCCGACCUCCUCAUGACAACGAUGCUCGUGAUGAUCCUGCGUAACAGUCGAACUGGAAUAAAAAGAAUGGACCUCGUCAUAGAUGUUUUGACGCUGUAUGCCAUCAACACAGUCUCUGAUAUUCCGACAAAACCUCAUCUUCGGGGCAUUUGGAAUCGUCGCCUCCAAACCUUGAACGCACGAAAAUCUCUGCGAUACACAUCGGCUAUGCUCGAGGAUGGCCUGACGAUACCGCUGACUCCGCGGGGUGUGGCCAUUCCCAGGACCAACACUAGCACUUCCUCGACAUUUUUGGUUGACUCGCCAUAUAUAGUAGUGGCCCGUAGGCUCAUGGUCGAUUUUUGUCCUGUAAUGCGUGUAAUGCGGCCUCAAAUUCGCAAUGAAAAUGAAACCGUCAGGCUGGCCUGUCGAGGUAUCGCAUCUAGGAACCGUCGUGCAGUGCUGAUCUCCGCCUACUAG